CGACUUCAAGAUGACCGAGACCGUGAGAUCUCCCCACUCCCGCCGCCGACUCGGCGGCGAGGCCAAGACCGCAAAACAGGUUGGCCAUUUCCUCCUGGGCAAGGCCAAGCCAUCGGACAACAUCCCAGUGCCUCAGUGGAAUAAAGCGGCUGAACGGCAUGGGGACGGCAGGACCUGGGCCAGCCCCACUUACACAGAGGAAGGCAGGAGUUUACCCAGUAGGGGCUGGCUCAUCACAGGCCCCUCCCCUCAGAGCAGCCACGACCCCCAGAGUCCACCCCUACGCUGGGUGUAUGAGUACGAGAGCCAGAGUGACUCAGACGUGGACCGGCCCGAACCGGACGUGGUGCUGGAUGACCUGGCCAGCCGCAGGUUCCGCAGCCCUGUCCCGGUGACGCCGGUGAACUUCGCCGUGCCCAUGAGCCCGCGGGAGGCCAGAACGGUCACCAGAGUCCCCCGGCAGCUGGUCACUGCCCCCCACGCUCCGCUGCAGAGCUUGGCUUACUUCAGCAGUGCCUCACCCUCCCCGCCAGCUCGCGGUGUGAGAGUGUACUCUGGGAGGGCGGUCUUGGAGGACAUCCCACUCAGAGAGAUGUACGAGGACUCAGACGAGGACGACGAGGAGGUGGGCUACGCUGACCCCAUCCAGGACGACCUCUACACCCGCAGGAUGGGCCAGAGCCUCCAGGCCCAAAAAAACACAGGCUACGAUAAAUUCCUGCCCAAGUACUGGACGCCAGAGGAGGACGCUCACGUGAGGAGGAUCCGGCUGGGGUCCCAGCGCCGGCCUUGGUACAGGAAGAUGCAGGGCUUCAGCCGAAAGAGGACUGGCUCAUCAUCAGAGGACUCAGACUGUGAUAUCAGUCCCUGGCUCGCAGCGCCCUCACCUGCUCAGAUCUAUUCCCCCAUGCAGCCACACAUACUCUCACAGGCCUGCACAGACCCUCUGACCAGCCCUGUGGGCCCAGACACCCAGUACUACGAGGAGCUACAGAAAAUCCAAGCCUGGACAAAGGAGAAUGAGGAAAAGUGGCAAGAUGAUCUCAGCAGGUGGAAGAGCCAUCGCAGGGGUGCCCACUCUGACACGGUAAGGACGCGAGAGGGGCCGGAGCACGCGGGGUUAAUCGCCAGCGCGGCCAGCGCCGGGAACGCCGAAACCCUCCAGGGGACGCAGGAGAAAAGGGACGGCAGAGAACUAGGCGCCCCCAUCAGCGACAGCAGUGCCUCCUCCUCCGUAUGCAGUGACGUUUCCUCCGAGCUCCAGCCUCACAGCAGAUCCCUGCCGCUGCGUAGCUACACCGUGGACAGUCCCUACCCACCUGUGACCGGAGCCGCAGCCCCCUCCGUUCCCUCCACGCCAGGGGACAGCAGCUGCGCUGGAGCCCUGUCACCUGACAGCACCGCCACCCCCACAGCCGCCACCCCACCCUCUAUUCAGAGCAACACCGGCCGGGCGGCCUCAGUCAGCACCAGCAGCCCGAGCACCGCUGUCCCUGACCAGGACAGCGGCACCACCACAGACCGGAGCAGCACCACUAUCACUGACAAGACCAACAUCGGCUUCACAAAUCGGGUCAGCACCGCUGUCGCUGACCAGACCAGCACCAGCUUCGCCGACCGGGUCAGCACAGCUGUCACCAAGCCGACAAGCACCGCUCUGACCAACUGUAUGAGCACGUCUGUCACUGACCUGACCGACACAACUCUCACUGAUUGGACCAGCACCGCUGCAGCCAGCUCAACUGGCUCCACUCGCACAGAUCAGAUUGGCACAGCUCCCGCCGACUCCACCAGCGCCGAUCUUGAUAGCCGGACCAGCACGGCCUCAGGCGACCGGACCAGCAGGGUUCUGACAAAUUUGGUCAGCACUAGCAAGAGCGGGGAGAGCUCAGCCAGCUCGGUUAACAGAGCGUCUGAACCCAGCCACUCCUUUGGCAGUCCGAUGGAACACAGGAGCCCCGGCCCUCUAUACAAUCACAAUUCAAUGGAUACAAAACCGGGGCCGGCUCAGGUUACCGCCCUCCUCCCCGGCGGCUCCCGGAGAUCGGAUAGCUCCCGUCUCGCCUUUGUAGUUUCGCCCCGGCCUUUUGGGACCCAGUCCACCAGGAUCGCCUCGCUGCCCAAACCUUUCGCCAUGGAUGGUUCACACAAGCGCUUCAAUGGAGAGAUGAAUCGCUCCCAGAGCUCCACUGCCCCCAACCGCUACAGUCAGCUCCUGACUUCAGAGGAUGAGGCCUGUUCCCCGUCCAACUCCGUACCGAGCAGUAACGAGGACGAGGAGGAGGGGACAGCCCCUGGCCCACACAGAACAUGCUCUGCCCCCCGGACCGGUAGUGACCUCAUUCAGCCCAAAUUGGUGUCUCCGGUCAGCUCGGUCUCAGAGAGUUACACUCUGCAGGGACGCUACAGCGACAUGAGAAUCAGUCUGAACCAGAAACCAAACGGCAGUCAGGACUUUGGCUUCCAGACCAUCCAGGACUCGACCGGGACAUUCGUCAAAUCCGUUCAACAAGGCAGCCUGGCCGAGCGCUCCGAUCUGCGGGUGGGUGAUGAGAUCCUGGCGGUGGACGGGCGCAGGGCGUCGGAGAUGAGCCGCGAGCAGUGGGAGGGUAGCAUGGACGCCUCACGGCAGCUGGAGGUCCGCCGAAACGGACAGAAGAGUUCCCCUGAAAACCACAUCAAUGCCAGCAAUGAUUUUAAUCCCCAGCCAUCAUCAGAAACCACUAUGAAAAUGUCUCACCCAUUCAGCAACAAGUCUGUCAAUGAUGUGGAAUUUAAAGGCAUGAAUGGUGGACUACUUGAUGAAUCUGUGACCAUGAGAAACAAAGAAUCUCAACCCCUUUCUUUGAAAAACUUUAAAAGGAGGUCUGAAUUUUUUGAAAAGCAAGGAGGCUCUGAGUCAGCUAUAUCAGAUCUGCAGGUCCCCUCCAUCAGCACCGCCUCUAACCGCCGCUCCUGGGAUCCCAUGGAGGAGCGCAGGCGUCAGGAGAAAUGGCAGCAGGAACAGGAGCGCCUCCUGCAGGAGAAAUACAAGCGCGACCAGGAGAAACUGGAGGAGGAGUGGCGUCGAGCGCAGCAGGAGGCCGUGAGCGAGGGCUCCAGGUACCACGAGGAGGAGCAGAAGAUCCUGGAGACAGAAACCACGAGCCUCAGCCCUCUCUCCCCUGUAUCCCCUCUGAGCCAGACCACGCCCCCGCCCUGGGAGGACCCCAGCCAGUUGGUGGAGAGGAAGGCGCAAGAGGCGGGAUCAAAGCAGCAGGGGGAGGAGAAAAUGGGAGAGGGGGAGGGGCAAAGGGGUGAGGGGGAGGAGCUGGAAUGGCAGAGUAAGCUGGAAGAGGAGGAGCAGCCCCCUGGACUGGGCGGGGAGGAGGAGAGGAAGACGUGUCAGGUUGCUGCAAAGCAACAGCAGCUCAGAGAGCAAAGCAGGAGCCAGGAGCAGGAGCAGCGGAAGGGGGAGUCAGACGGGUUUGCUAAAAUUCUCCCUGAGAUGGCCCCCUCAGACAGGGUAAAAUCGAAAUCAACUCCUGAUCUUGACGAAGUCGACAAGCCAGAGGGAAAAGCGGUGAGUGGCGGCGUGAGGGUGGGCCUGAGGAGCCAGGAAGCCCAGAAGAAGAGGAACAGGCCCCUGUCCCAGGCCGAGCUGGACCGGCUGCAGAUCCUGGAGGAGAUGAAGAAGAGGACCCAGCUCCUGACAGACAGCAGCUGGAUCCGCCAGCGCAGCGCCAACAUCUACAAGGAGCCCAUCUGCCUGGGGGCGGGCAUGCGGAGAUAUGAGUCUCUGGAUAACCUCAACACCGCUCGCUCCUGGCGACAGUCUCCAUGGCCACCAGGGUCCUCCUCCAGCCGUCCGCAGUCCGCAGCCUCCAGCUCCGCCUCCUCCUGCGGCUACACGCGCUCCAUCUCCUACACCCUGCCCACCUCCCACUCAGCUGGCUCCCUGAAGCAGGGCCCCUGGUUCCAGCCCUCCCCCACCGCCCCAGCCCCUCCCACUGACCUCAGUGAAGAACCUGACCCUGAGGCCUGCCCCCAGUCACAGCCACGCACCAGUGCUUCGACUGCGAGUCUGACCUCAGGGGAUCAGGAUCAGGAGCCGAAGUCAGAAUACGAAACCAGCAUCUCUACUGCAGCUCCUGCUACAUCCCAUUCAAAGAUGGACAGCCCCCCUCCAUGUGACCUGACCACACAGCAGCAGGUUGAGGGAGAGAAUACCGCGAAUGAAGAAGAUGUAUGAACUGUGCAUCCUUAAACACUCAUGACCUGUGGACCUUUGGUGGAUGAGUAUGUAGGUUAGGGCACUCA